AAUCCAGUAUCUCGUUACCGUGGUAUGAAUUUUCUGCUACACGUUACCAGAUAGAGGUGAUCGACGGGUGAAACGAUCAGCGGAUCAUUUACGAGGUGACAAAGUGCACGACUCUGCAAAACUUGGGUAUUCUACACAUAAACCAGUUGUAAACGAUCAAACCUAAGACAGGAAGUUCCCCGCCCUUCGUCCCCCGCCAUAUUGCGAUCAGUUCGCGUCUUCCGCUUGCCAAAGCAAUAAGCAGUCGGCUCGGGGCGGAAUACUGUUUUCGGCAAUAAUUUGCAUAACUCCUAGCCCGCGGCAGACGGACCAAACAGUUUUCUCCGCCUACGCUGUCAGCGAGCCAACUAGUGUCCUUGCAGUGAAGAUGGCAGACCCUGCGGCAGAUCACGUCAACACACCUGAGGAAGAGUUGGAAGUUGAAGCAAAUUACAAACCUCCACCGGAAAAAACAAUUGAACAGAUCCUAGAGGCAGAUAAAGAAGAUGAAAGUUUGCGCAAGUACAAGGAAACUCUCCUGGGAGAGGCCAAAGCGGGUGCUAUUGUCGUCGAGCCUGACGAUCCAAGGAAGGUGAUAGUGAAAAAACUCGCGCUUUGCGUUACGGAUCGGCCCGAUAUGGAGUUAGAUUUGACAGGAGACUUGACGCAGUUGAAAAAGCAAUCUUUUGUAAUUAAGGAGGGUGUGAGCUAUAAGAUUCGAAUUGACUUCAUUGUGCAGAGAGAGAUUGUUCACGGAUUGAAAUAUGUCCAGAAAACUUAUCGCCUUGGUGUACCCGGAGUUACAGUUGACAGAAUGACGCAUAUGGUGGGAUCUUAUCCUCCCAAAUCAGAGAUUCAGUCUUACACGACCCCAUCAGAAGAUGCGCCAGCAGGUGUGAUGGCCAGAGGUUCCUAUACAGUGAAUUCCUUAUUCACGGACGACGAUAAACACGAACACUUGAAGUGGGAGUGGUCGUUUGACAUCAAGAAGGACUGGAAAGAGUAAAAUCUUCGAAUCGCUUACAGUUUCUUCCCAUUCCAUAAUUGAAAGGAGCGAUCUCAGGGUGUCCGACCCUGAAUUAUUCUGAAAUUAUGGUACGCAAUUAAUCAUAGGAAUUACUGUUACAUAAAAAGUAAGAAAUAAUUUUAAAGAAUUUCGCCAAAACAACACUUUAACCGCGCAUCCACUGCUUGCUACUGGGACAUGUCAACGAUGUCAUCAUUACACACAAACACACACACACACACACAUACACCAAGUGUUAUAUAACGGCGAUUUUUAUUUAGUAUUUGCACCAUUACAAUAUAUCGUAGAAUAAAACCGUGUCUCAUGUUUUGCUAAAAAUACCUGAAAGAUCAAAGUUUCUGUGCAGAGGCUUGAAGUAAGAAAGUGAAAAUUAAAAGUAGAAAAAAAUAUACGAUCGCCAAGAUAAUCUAAAUCGUUGAAACUAAACUGACAGUUGAAUGAAUGAUUGUGCAGAUACGAAUUAAUUAUUGCAGACAAAAAAAACUUAGUGCCUCUUGGUGCUGAUGAAAAUUAUUUUUCUGCCUCAAGUGGACAGGUAAAUAUAGGACUUAUAUAUUAGAAUAGGUAAAAUAAGCAAAGAAUGAUAUUAGAAAGCAGAAGGUUUGAUGAAUUUUUCAAUUUCGUACGUUAAGUUUCAUACUAUGUAUAAAUAUGUAUAUACAUAUGUGCGUAUAUAGGUAUAUACAUACGCAAUGUAUACCGAAGUACACGAAUGGACUUAAACGUAUACAAACAUCGUAUGACAAGGAUGACUAUGAUGAAGUAAGUCAUUAUUAGAAUUUUAAGGAUAUUGGCAAGCAGAUGAUUAUUAAAGUAAUACAGAGUGGUCGAUUUGAUCGCCCCGGGCGAACAUCCCGAAUACCG